AUGGAUAAACUGCCCGUUGAAACGCUUGUUCUCAUUGUAUCUUAUCUGGACGAACAUGACAUGUUUAUCGCCAGUUGCACCUGCAAGAAAUGGAACCAAGUUAUACGCAAUUCUCAUCUGUACAAGAACAUUGAUUUGGAUUAUUCGAGUAAGCACUACUUUGACGCCAUGGCCUUUUUCCAGAAAUACAAGCAGUAUGGCCAGAAAGUCAGGCAGCUCUUUGCAACCAGUGGAAAAACCAUUCCGUACAAGGAGAUACGUCAAUGGCCUUGCUUGUUUCCAAACAUCACCACGUUCAAGCUUGACUUUGGAUCGCAUAAUCAACAAUACAGCAUGUCGUCGCUUGAUUUCAUGUUUCCAAUAGACAUAUCCAGUUCAGAUGAGGACGAUGCGGAUGGUGGUGAUGAUGGCAAUCAAGAGCACUUACUAGAGCCUGGUGACAGCAGACCAGUGGAAGCCAAUUUUACCCUUUGGCAGAGCUUGGAGUCGAUCUAUGAAUGCAACAGGUUCUUUUACACGCCUACUAUACUGGAUUCCGGCAUAUACAACAACUUGGAUAGACUCACCAUCGACUGUGAGUACCUGCGAGUUACAGCAUUUCCAGAGCUAGUCAGCCGCUUGAAGCAAGCACCCUAUUUGACCACAUUUGCAGCACACAAGGCAGUAGUGAGGAUCAGCUUCCUCGAGCAACUGCAUCAAAAUGCCCUUCAUUUAGAAAACUUGCAUCUAUUCUCACCCAUUAUUCUAUGGGAUUCGAGCGACGACGAGAACGAUGCCAUUGUAUCUCCAGCAUUACCCAUGACGACCGUGAUACUAUACGAAGUUGAUACCACACGACGCGGCCGAAAUGGUAUGAUAAAAUACAUCACUUCAAAAUACCCGAACCUAGAAUCACUAAAGAUGAAACGCUGGGAGGACAACUUUGGAGAGCCGUUACUAGAAACAACGCCUAACAUACAGCCUGAAUUUGAGGACGCCAUCAUUCAAUUAGCCACCCAGUGCAGAAAACUAAAGGUGUACAAUGUCGAUAUUCAUCAAUACACGCCUGCUAUCCUGUCUGCCUUUGAUGAAGUCGGCUCACUGAAACUCAAAUCGUUUUCCUCCAUGGCAUCCAACAUUACACAUUUGCGAAGCAUUGCCAAUUCAAAGCAAAAGCACUACAUUGAACGCCUGGACGUGCUGAUGCCACACUCGUCUGAGCCAGAUCUCAUGUCUAUUAUCAACCGAUUCACCAACCUGCAGAGCUUGAUCUUUAUACCAUCACCUUCCCUGGGCCACAUUGAGGACCAAGAUUUUGCGCUGGAUGUUACAUUGGAUGCGUUUCUGGAUCACCAUCAGAAACUAGUCAACCUUAAACUAUGCACCUGUAAAGUGAGGUUCAGCGACAAUUUUGAUGCAGCACAACACACAUCCGUCAUCGAGAGCUUGGAAAUUGUCAGCAGCGUCAUUGACAAUCCAUCGCCACGACAUCCCAAUGUAGAUCUCGCUGACUACUUGAGCACAUCCUGUCCUGAUCUCAAGAUCUUGACCUUGUCCUGCAACUUUCGUCAGCCCUUAAUUGGCCCGCAAGAUUACCACAUCAAUUUCACCAACCAAGACAUUCAAUACUUGUGCUUGUAUUUGAAAGGAUACAUGUCCAUUUGUAUUCAAGAUGUGCAAGGCAAAACGAAAUGGUAUAGUCUCUUGAAGAGAGGAAGCAGGUUUGUCUGUUGCCAAGAAGAUGAACAGCCCAAAAUCAGAAGAGUGACUAGAAGUAAGCCAGAGUCUGGGAUCAUCUAUAUCAAGUGCAAAGACAUCGAUAGCUUCACUCUGCAUCCAGGUCGAGAUCCCAACUAUGUCAGUUAUUUUGGCUGA